GCAGACAGACAGACAGGGAAAGAGAGUGAGGCACAGCAGUACGAGACCACCAAACAGAUUCUGACCCAAGACAGUCAGACAGACAGCGUCACAGACAGACAGAGAGACAAACACACAGACGGACUGAUACACAGACAGACACGUGGUGGGAAAUUCAUGGUCAGGACAGUCAGACAGACAACUGAACAGUCAGACAGACAACUGAAUAGACAGUCAGACAGACAGACAGGUUGUGACCUGUGUCAUCAGCCAGCCAGCCAAUCAGCAUGAAGUCUCAUCAGGAGCGCAGUAACGAGAGCCUGCCCCCAAAGAAGCGUGAGCUGGCAGCCGCCAACGCAUCUUCCUCCUUCUCCUCCUCCUCCUCCUCAUCAUCAUCGUCGUCAUCAUCCCCCACCGAGGUGACGCCGUCCUCGACGUCCUCGGAGCGCCUGGACCGGCGCCAUCUGGUGGAGCGAGAGGACAUUGCACGUAGCGGUAACGGUGGCGGUAACGGCGACGAGCACCAGAACUUGGCGUGGCUGGCGAGUGUGUCCAGCGUCGUCCCCCACCACGAGGGUCGCGAUCCGCACCGCGAUCCGCACCGCACGUCACCUGCCGACGGUGGCGACAGCAACGGUGGUGACAGUAGCAACAGGACUCGGCGUUACAAGCCGCUGUCGUCAUCGUCGUCGUCAUCGGACUACUCUUCACAUUUGACGUCGUCUUUAUCGCCUUCCUUAUCGUCGUCGCCAUCGUCGGUGGCGGCGUCCAGAGCAGUGGCGCUCGGUGUCACCACCACCACCACCGCACUCCCCCCCGCCGCCGCGCACUACAGCACUUCCCCUCUUUCGACUGCAGGGGGCGCCAUCCAGUACACCCCGCUGAGCCCAGGCGUGCACUUCAUUGCGCCCCAGUACGCAGGGGCCUACGCUGGGUACAUCUCGCCCCUGGGCCCCCCUCCUCCACCACCACCUCCACCUCCAUCAUCAUCAUCAUCUUCAUCAUCGUCAUCUAAACUGGACCAGCACCACCCCCAUCACCACCAUCACCACCAGCAGCAUCAGCAUCAGCACCAGCAGUCCAAAGUGUCGGACCCGUCCUCCUCCUCCUCCUCGGCCCAUUCCAGUCAGUACCCGCACAGCAGCAGUACCACCACCAGUACCACCGGUACCAAGCGGACCAGCAGCUCCAGCGCUGCCUCCUCUCCCCACAGCCACGGCGGGCCGGGCCACUCUCUUGCUCAGAUCAACUUCCCCUUCCCGGACCCACCGACACCGACAACACCGGCGCCGAUGCCGACACAGACACUGACGCCGGGUCACAGACACAGGCAGCUGGUGAACGGAGACCUGGACAAGAACCCGAGCCAGAACCAGAACCAGAGUCGGAGGUUCUCGGGCCCGUCCCCAUCCCCGUCCGAGUCCAAAUCAGGCGGAACCAGACACCACCACUCGCAGCAGCACUACUACGAGUACGCCGGUACCACCGCAACCACCACCACCGCCACACAGCAGAACGGGCCGCACCACCACCACCACCACCACCACGACCCUUCGCUUCGGACCUCCGUCAUGCUGAUUCCAAACAGCCACGGUGGUUCUGACUCGGUUCUGACCACUACGGCGGCGGAGAAAGGCGGCGGUGGCGUUGGUGGCGGCAUCUGUGCCGGCAAGCCGGUCGUGACACGGACUCCUUCGUCCUCCUCCUCCUCUUCAUCCUCCACGCACUUCCUCUCGCCCGCUGCACUGACGCUGGACGGCCUGAAGGGGUCGCCGACGGUCAUCCACGGCACCGGCGCCGGUACCGGUACCACUCUGAGCGAGGCGGCGGCGCUGUCUCUGGGCGCGGCCGGCUUCUACCAGGCGGCGAGCCACCACCAGCAGCCCAUUUACGGAUACAUCGCCGGAGCCGGAGUCGGAGCCGCAACGUCCCUGGGCUACCACAUGGGGGCGCUAGGAGCACACCACCUCCUCAUCCCCGUCAGUGGCACCGGGACACACGCACAUGCACAUGCGAUGGGCUUGGACCCCAUCUCCGUCUCCGCGUCCGGUAUCGUGGUCACCACUAACGCCUCCCUAACGUCCACCUCCUCCUCCUCCUCCUCCUCAUGCUCCACCUCUCCACCCUUCUCCUCCUCCCCUCAUCAUCAUCAUCAUCCCUCCAUUCCACCCCUCCAACAUCCCCACCACCAUCACCAACACACGUUUAUCGCCCCAGCUCCUCCACCCAAGAUCAGCAGCGGCGGAGGCGACUCCACCUUCGAUUCCCCACCACUCACCACCGCUUACUCCACCAUCCCGUAUCCAGGAGGAGGAGGAGGAGGAGGAGGAGGAGGAGGAGGAGGGCACCACCCGACCGGACAGCUCCAUCUGCAGGCCCAGCUGCACCUCCCCCUGCUCCAGCAGACCUCCGCAGGCCUCCUCGCCUCCUCCCCCUCGUUACUACCACCUCCUCCUCCUCCAUCUUCAUCCAUGCCCCCACCUUCAUCACCCUCACCGUCCUCCGCUGGAGUCACCAAUAACGGCAACCCCAACCCCAACCUCAACGCGGCCCCUUCGCUGCCCCCGUACUUCGUCAAGGGUUCAAUAAUCCAGUUGGCGGACGGCGAGCUGAAGCGCGUCGAGGAGCUUAGCACCGAGGACUUCCUGCAGAGUGCUGACAUCAGUGGCGACCUGCGCAUCGACUCCAGCACCGUGGAACGCAUCUCGGCCAGCCCCGCUACGCCCAACUACGCACUCGUGCAGUUCGCCGUGGGGGAGCACCGCGCACAGGUGAGUGUGGAGGUCCUGGUGGAGUACCCCUUCUUCGUGUUCGGCCAGGGCUGGUCUUCCUGCUGCCCGGACCGUACCACCCAGGUGCUGCAGCUGCCCUGUGCCAAGCUGGCCGUGGGCGACGUCUGCAUCUCCCUCACCCUCCGCAGCCUCAAGAACGGAGCCCUCAAGAAGAACCAGAACCAGAACCAGAACCACGACAGGAACCAGAACCACGACAGGAACCACGAGAGGAACCAGAGCCAGAACCAGGCGAUGGAGAUCCAGAACACACAGGGAGGAGGUGGAGGAGGAGCAGGAGGAGCAGGAGGAGGAGGAACACUCAAGGCCCCCUCACGGGCGGGGAACGGACAUGGCCGAGGAGGAGGAGGUGGAGGUGGAGGAAGAGGAAGAGGAGGAGGAAGAGGACUACAGAGUCUACUGGGAUCUACAGGCGUAGAGAACGGAGACCUGAGAAGCGAAGGGGAGGUGGAGGUGGAGAGGGGGAGUAGUGGAGGAGGAGCAGGAGGUGGAGGAGGAGGUGCGGAGGCAGGGCUAGGUCUCGGGAGGCCGGUGGCACGCAAGAGGAGGUGGUCGGCCCCCGAGGGGCGUAAGGUGGAGCGUCUCUCCGAGGAGGAGGAGCAGGAGCCUCCGCUGGCACCUCCCAAGGUCUCCUUCCUCUCGCAGGAGGUGAAGAUGAGCAUCGAGGGACGAUCCAGCCUGGGCAAGUGAGGAGAGGAGGAGAGGAGAGGAGGAGAGGAGGAGGAGGAGAGGAGAGGGACGCUCCAGCCUGGGCAAGUGAGGAGAGGAGGAGAGGAGGAGAGGAGAGGAAAACGGAGAAGGGCCUCUUCAACAUGGGCAAACGAAAGAAGAACAGAGGACAGGACAGGAGAGGAGAGGGGAGGAGAACCUCAGGAAGUGAACACAGAGUAGAGAAGAGGGGAAGAGGUGAUGAGAGGAGAAGAGGACAGAGGGGAAUAGAAGAGCGAGUACUUCAAAUGGAUAAAAAGGAGAGGACAGCAACAGGACUGUUCAACGCCGGCUUUCACAUAAUUGAAAGACACACAACACCAAGAAAUACCCCCCCCCCCCCAAAAAAAAGAGUUGCAUUUUAAUUUUAUUUUCAUCCUUUCCUCUCUUUUUCUUUUUUUCUUUUUUUUUCUAUCCGGAUUACUGUACUGUUGCCGAAAAUGUAAAAGUAUUUACCCGUCAUCCAUAUUCAGUCUCUGUAGUCAUGACAUAGUUAUACUGUAUUACAGCUGGUGUAAUUGUUUUGGAGGAGGAUUCCGCAGAAGUGUGUGUGUGUGUGUGUGUGUGUGUGUGUGUGUGUGUGUGUGUGUGUGUGUGUGUGUGUGUGUGUGUGUGUGUGUGUGUGUGUGUGUGUGUGUGUGUGUGUGUGUACGUGUUAAUUUGAUUCAUGUUCAUGUCUGUGAACUUGUAUGUGCAUAUGUUUGGAUGUGU